UCAUCCCUAGUUAGUUGCUUUAUUAUUGCCACCCCCCAUCCCGACCCCCACUAUCCCAUAUAAAAAGCUUGCUUGCCUCUCUGUAAUUCCCAUAAGCAUAAAGCUUCCUCCUUUUUAUCUCAGUUUCUACCCCAAAAACCAUGGCUGCCUUUUCCACUAAACCUAUGCUUUUGUGUGUUACAUUCACUGCUAUACUGAGCUUGUGUUUGGUUCUCUCCCUAGCUGAGUUUCAGCGGUUUGUACAACCAACAAAAGCUGAUGGAUCUCUUAGCUUUUUGGUGGUCGGAGACUGGGGAAGAAGAGGAGGUUAUAACCAAUCUCAAGUUGCUCAUCAGAUGGGAAUAAUUGGAGACAAGUUGGACAUUGAUUUUGUGAUAUCCACUGGAGAUAAUUUUUAUGAUGAUGGACUGACGGGAGUUGAUGAUCCAGCAUUUGAUGAGUCAUUUUCCAAUGUCUAUACAGCACCUAGCUUGCAAAGGCAGUGGUACACUGUUUUGGGCAAUCAUGACUAUAGGGGGGACGUUUUGGCACAACUCAGUCCUAUCCUCGGGAAAUUUGACAGCAGAUGGCUUUGCUUGAGAUCUUUUAUCGUGGAUGCAGAAAUUGUAGAAUUUUUCUUCGUAGAUACAACUCCUUUUUCGGAUAAGUACUUCACGAACCCAAAGGAUGAUGUCUAUGACUGGAGAGGCGUAUUACCUCGAGAAAAAUACCUUUCAAAUCUCCUAAAGGAAUUGGAUUUGGCAUUGAAAGAGUCUACAGCAAAGUGGAAGAUCGUGGUGGGUCACCAUACAAUCAGAAGUGCUGGGAAUCAUGGCAACACGGUAGAGCUUGUGGCUCAACUUCUUCCAAUCCUUCAGGCAAACAAUGUUGACUUUUACAUAAAUGGACACGACCAUUGCUUGGAACACAUAAGUAGUCCUGACAGUGCACUUCAAUUUUUAACGAGUGGUGGUGGGUCAAAGGCAUGGAAGGAUGAUAUAGAUUGGUGGAAUCCAACGGAAAUGAAGUUCUAUUACGAUGGACAAGGUUUCAUGUCAGUGCAAAUUACUCAAGCUGGUGUUGAUUCUGCAUUCUAUGACAUUUCUGGCAGAGUUUUGCACAAGUGGGGGACAACCAAACAGCUCUACUCUAUCAUCUAGAGAAGUUUCACUGCAAAAAACAGUAGGAGGAGGCUUUGGGGGAUAUGUAUUAUAUUAGAAACUUCUUUUGCUGAUUGCUUGUUGGGAGAUAUGUUAACAAAAGCAAGGAAAAGAAAGGAUGAAGGGGAAGAUUAAAGAUAUCUAUUAAUCUAUGGUUUCAUAUAUACUAUGCUUUCAAACCUCUGUAAUCUGUAUUAAUGAAGUUUGUAGUUUAAAAACAUCUGUUUGGUCU